AUGACCUUGUCAGGAAGAAAGAUCACUUACACCACGCUGAUUUGUCUUGUGCUUUUUGCAACCAGGAUGCUCAGCGCUUUUCCGUCAAUGAAGCGAAGAUCUGAGAAGUACAACAGCUCUUUUCUAGCUAGCGCUGCCGACUCUUCGCAAGGGAGAAAAAGAGCCAACUCCAGUGCACAGCAAGAAGAUCCAAACUAUAUGCUGUGGGACUCUCAGUUCAAGUUUGUUGAAAAGCAUUCAGACACGACUAUCCCUCUGAUAAACGAAAAAUAUCAGGCCAAGCAGAUACUCUGUGUGAACAGCAACCUUGAUGAUAUUUUGAAAUCAGGGCACUAUUUGGCAGACUACAAAACAGUGGUGAUUGUAGAGAUAAAAAAGCUGACUGAUACUGUUCCCAGCAACUCAGCCAAAUUGAUGGAAGUCAUAGACCACAUUCUGAACUCUGGCAUAAGAGUGGAAAAGUUUGUGUUUUUCAACAUAUACGAUGAAAAUAUUUGCAAGCAAACAGAGUACAACUAUUUGAAAAGAGUGGCAAUCGAUGUUGAUUUUGUGGACAGUGGUGCCAGAGUCAGUGAGUUUCUGUACGCACAUUUUUUGGGAAGGUUUAAAACUGUUAAUGUCACUGCAUCGUAUUCUAGGAACCUUGGGACGAUCAAUGAGCUGGAAUCUGAAUUUGUCAAAGGCAUAAACACUCUGAAGAUGGACAUAGAAAACUUCCUGAAUAUCUCACAUGCAAAAAUACACCAGAUGAAAACUCUAGAGUCGCUGUGGAUCUUUGCAGACUCUACGCCUUCUAUUUCAUCUGACGUAGAAAAAGAAGCCUCAAUACUUGUCAAGAACCUGUACAUUGAAACGAACCUGCUUAGGCCCUAUCUAGACACAAACAGCAUUUUGUGGAACAGGAUACAGGCAACUGAAAGCAUCACUGUUCUCAUGGGGCACAAAAAGGCUGAUCCGUUCCUUGAGAAAGACAUGAAAACUCUGGAAAAUUUUGUCUUUGACUUUGCAAGAGUAAAAAACAGCGUGGCAAUAUCUUUUGGUAUUUGCAGCGGAAACACGCUGACGCCUGUCAUAAUGGAUAGCAUACUGAACUUGGUGUGUGCAUGGAAUAUCAACACACACAAUAUACGCGUUGACAAUAUCGUAAAAGAAGGUGAUGUAGUAGGCAUAACUCAAAUGCCUCUGUACUACCAGACAAGAACACAGGAGCAGCACGAUAAGCUGAAAGAGUGCUCUAUAAUAGUAAGCAACGGAGGCGAAAGCUCAGAUGUAAAGCUAGCUAUGAUGCGUGAUUUGGAAACUUUGAAAGUUUCUGAGAUGGAUACUCUGAUACAGAACUGCACUAUUAUCAUGGACUCAAUCACGUUCAAUGAGUUCAGCAAACUGCCGCAUCUAUCUUCUAAAAUAACACCGCCAAAGUGUUUGAAGCUUCUGAGGGAAAAUAAAAUAGACAAAACGGAAGACUGCAGAUACUGCGAUAAGAGUCUAGGUGUGGUUGAGUUUAACUACAAAGAGAUAUCGCCAAAACUUAUUAUGAUUUUCACAUGCGGCCAUGCAUGCUGUGCGCCCUGUGGAUAUGAGCACGUGUCAAAAGGGUUUAAAAGUCUUCCCGUGUGCAGAGAGUGCAGCACUCCCAUUGCAGAAACAAUGAUGUAUGUGACGUACAAUGAGCUGCUCAAAAAGUUUUCCAAGAGCGAGCUUCUGGAAAGCGACAUAAAAAGCGCCUUCAACAGCUCCAAGCACGGGUUUGUGUUUUCCUACGGCUCCAGCGACUCUCUUAUCCUGCGCGAGCUUGCGAAUACAAUUAAAAUAUCAGAGGAGGAAGAUUUUAAGUGGGAAAAGCAGAACUUUGAGUCUAGCUAUUCGUACGAGCUAUCGAGCAGAGACAAUGCGUGCAAAUGCGUUAUUUCCAACAUACCGAUAAAACAGAUGCUUGAGAUAUCUCUGACCGUUCCUCUGGGGCCUUCUACCGUUAAAAAAGCGGUUAUAUACAUCAUCAGUAAAAAGAAGUUCUUGGAAAAGUACAAAUCGCCCAUCUAUUUGGAAGCUGCCAGGAUCAAGUACGGGCAGAUUCUUUUGAAAAGCGAGAGGUUUUUAUUUUUGUACAAGUACCAGUAUAUAAGCAUCUCAAACGGUGCGAUCUUGGAGAAAAUCACAAAGAACAUGGGAGAUAAAAUUGACAGCAUAAACGAUCUUUGUGGCAGGUUCUGGGAUCUAAACGAAUGGAUGUGA